UGAAGUACAGAGCUGACAGCUUGCAUAGUGAUGCCAGAUUGAACCAUACAGCUCAGUUGGAUAAUUUUUUUAAAUCAAACUGAAACACCUCUUAGUCAUGGGCUGUAGAAAAACAAAACUGCAACUUGGGUUGCAAUUAAAACUGAAUUAGGAGGCUUUAAACAUGACUGGGAGGGAGGUAGUUUAUCAAAUCUGGCAACCCAGCCACUCGCCCAGGCUUGUUUUUUUAGCACCACUGGUACAGGACACAGAGGGCUUGGCAUUUGGGACAGCUCUGGCUACGCAGAAAAUAAACUAACUUGAUUAAAGAUAAGCAAUUAUCAAGAUUUUUAAUGUCAACUGGAGAGUCAAGAAUAUCAGAACUAGGGAUCUAAAGAAUUAAUAGCUACUGACCCAUGGAGCCUAUAUAUGCCACCGGAGUGGCUGCUCGACUGAGGAGUGAGUGGGAUCGCAAUGAAGGUCUUGGUCAGAAUGAUAGGGCUCUGAAGUUCCUCGGUCAAGACUUUGAGUCUUUGCGUGCCAGCUGCCUUCGGAUUGGCCGGUUAUAUGAGGACGAAACAUUCCCAACCCAACCUUCCUCACUAGGAUUCAAGGAGCUGGCACCCGGCUCUGCCAAAACCAAAGGAGUGUGCUGGAUGAGACCCACGGAGUUCUGUACAGACCCACAUUUCAUUGUAGAUGGAGCAACACGCACAGACAUCUGCCAAGGAGCUCUAGGGGACUGUUGGCUGCUGGCGGCCAUUGCGUGUCUUACUCUGAACGAGCCAUUGCUGCGCCGUGUGGUACCUCAUGGCCAGAGCUUCCAUCAGCAAUAUGCUGGAAUCUUUCACUUCCAGUUUUGGCAGUUUGGGGAAUGGGUGGAUGUAGUGAUUGAUGACCGGCUGCCAGUGAGAGAUGGGAAGCUUCUGUUUGUCCACUCAGCUGAAGGGGCGGAGUUCUGGAGUGCACUAGUGGAGAAGGCAUAUGCCAAGUUAAAUGGUUGUUACGAGGCGCUCUCUGGAGGCUGCACCUCUGAGGGGUUUGAGGAUUUUACUGGCGGUGUUACAGAAAUGUAUGAACUAAAGAAAGCUCCAGCUAACCUCUUCAGCAUCAUCCGAAGAGCUGUAGAAAGAGGAUCUCUGAUGGGCUGCUCUAUAGAUAUCACAGGUUUCUUUGACAUGGAGGCAGUCACCUUCAAAAAGCUGGUGAAAGGCCAUGCUUAUUCUGUUACAGGAGUGGAGGAGGUGGAAUUUAAAGGAAACCUUGUAAAGUUGCUUCGCAUCCGGAACCCCUGGGGAGAGGUGGAAUGGACUGGAGCCUGGAGUGACAAUUCCAAGGAGUGGAAUGGGAUUGACCCUUCCAUAAGGGCCCGUCUGCAUAACCGCUAUGAAGAUGGCGAGUUCUGGAUGUCAUAUAGUGAUUUCAUGAAGGAGUUCAGCAGAUUGGAGAUCUGUAAUCUAACAGCAGAUGCACUGCAAAGCAGUGAGCUGAAGAAGUGGAAUUCGGCCCUGUACCCAGGAGAGUGGAGGAGAGGCAGCACGGCUGGAGGCUGCAGGAACUACCCCGCAACUUUUUGGAUCAACCCCCAGUAUAAAAUCGUGCUAAAGGACCCAGACACUGAGGACCAAGAUGGCUGCAGUUUUCUGGUGGCACUCAUGCAGAAGAAUCGGCGGCUGUUACGACGAGAGGGCAAAGACAUGGAAACGAUUGGAUAUGCCAUUUAUGAGGUUCCCAAAGAGUUUCUGGGCAGCACAGGUGUGCAUCUGAAGCGUGACUUCUUCCUCAAGCACACGUCCAGCGCUCGCUCCGAGCUGUUCAUCAACCUUCGGGAGGUGAGCUCACGCUUCUGUCUGCCUGCAGGGGAGUACAUCAUCGUUCCCUCCACCUUCCAGCCACACAAAGAGGGCGAUUUUGUGUUGAGGGUUUUCUCUGAAAAAGCCGCAGACUCCGAGGAACUUGAUGAUGAGCUUUCUGCAGAUGUACCAGAAGAGCCCAUACUACAGGAAAGUGAGAUUGAUGAAGGAUUCAAAGCUCUUUUCUUCAAGCUGGCUGGAAAGGAAAUGGAGAUUGAUACACCAAAGCUGCAGGUGAUUCUGAACCGUGUUGUAAACAAACACAAGGACUUAAAAACAAAUGGCUUUGACAAGGAGGCCUGCAGAAGCAUGAUUAAUCUCCUGGAUACAACUGGCAAAGGAAGGUUGGGUUUAACAGAUUUUCAUGUGCUUUGGGAGAAGAUUAAACGAUAUCUUAAUGUGUUUAGAGAAUUUGACUUGGACAAGUCGGGCACCAUGAGCUCCUAUGAAAUGCGCCUGGCUUUAGAAUCCACAGGUUUCAAGCUGACGAACCACAUUUUCCAGUUAAUAAUCCUGCGUUAUGCUAAGCCAGACAUGAAUGUGGACUUCGACAGUUUCGUAACUUGUCUGAUCCGCCUGGAGAGCAUGUUCAAAACAUUUAAAACCAUGGACACAGAUGCAGAUGGAGUGGUGUCCUUCAGUUUCUCCCAGUGGAUCUCCCUUACCAUGUUUACAUAGAUGUUUUUCUUUUUCACUGCACAUAAUCGUAAGCAUGUCAAAGAUUGUGCUUUUGAAUCUUUAAGCAGUUAUGUGAAAAACGUGCUGUCUGUAUUAUGAAAUGCUUGUGCACUGAGCUGCCUUAACUUGAACCGAUUCUUCUGUGAAACUCUGGCCUCAUCUGCAUUUAUUUUUAACUAAUUAAACCUAGUUUUUUAAACUUUA